AUGGCGGAGUCGAGCGACGAGGAGAUCGCAGUCGACCAGGCGCGCGUGAGCGAGGUUGGGCUCGACGAUGACGGGGAGGCCAUCAGGCGGUCCCGCAUUAGUUGCGCCAACGAGUCGCUGGGUCGCGUGGCUGAUCUGCUCUCGGCGACGCGGCCAGGGAUGCGGCUGUCCGUGCGCCCUGUUCGUGGAGACGGGCUGUGCUUUUUCCGCGCUGCGGCUGCCGAACUGGGACUUCCAGGCCGCGCGGCUUGGAAGCUGUACAGAUGGGCGCUGGUGAAGAUGAUGAGGCAGCGGAACCAGCAAUUGUUCGAGGCGCUGCAGCUGGACGAGUACGCCGUGGAGAGGAGGGCCCGCCUGCAGAAGGAGUUGCCAGCGCAGGUGGCCAGUGGCGUCGCGUGGGGCAGUCUCCCCAACUGGAAGGUGUUCUACGUGGACAUAUGCAUGGGCCUCCAUUCGGAGGACGUGUCGGCAACGCGCCGAUAUGCAGACGCUGUUGUGAUCACGCACUUCCUGGAGGCUUGUGGCGCUCUCGCUCUGUACGUGCCAUUCAACGCGUGGGGCCAGGCGGCCAUCUUCCCGGACCAGGGGUUGCUGCAGGGACGUGCGCAAAUCCCAGUGCUCGAUUUUGCUUUUGUCCACUAUGACGUCGACGGGUAUUCACACUACGAUGCGGUGGACGUGGCGACGUCAGGAGCUAACGCUCCGCGACCGUGGGAGCCGUCGACCGCGUGCCGGGGGAAGUUCAGCGACCCGUCGUGUUUCGCUGACGUGGAUGCGCUAUUCGGCGAGGAGGACGUGGCGGCUUUCUGUCAUCAGGCGUCCGGGCGCUUGCAGUUCACUGAGAGGGAGUGCGGCGGGCGCGAGUUCCGGCAGCCACGCGCGCCCGCAGCCGCGGAGGCCCCCGAGUCUGACUCCGACGCCGACCGGGAGUCAUCGCCCUCAGAGCCGGCGUCGGACUCCAAUUCCGAGCUGUCGGAGGCCCCUGCCGGGUCAGAGCAGUCCGACGUUGACCACUUGGCCUGCGGCGCCGACGUGGCGCACACGACGCUGGACGUCGCCCACGAAGCAGCUCGGGCUUUCUCUGCAUUUCUCCGGCAGGACCCGACGCUUCCUCCGCCGUUCGACCCGUCGGACGCCGCAGACAACAUCCAGGAGGUAAUGGACGGAUUGCAGUGGCCGAUCUGCAACUGCGCCGUUCGGCAGUGCCGCUGGACCGGGGAGACGGAAGGGGAUUUGCGGCGCCACGUAAUCAGCUGCCACCAGGCCUGCCUCCCAGCAGCGUGGAGGCAGGGGUGGAACAAGAGACUCGCUGACAGCGCCGACGAUGUCGGCGUCCAUGCCGAGGUGCUGGAGGAGCAGGAAGCGUGGAUCUGGUCCAUCUACUGCCAGGCGGUGGAGGUCCGGGCGCGCACUGGCAUGCCAGCUCUCGGCAUUUGCAGAGACCGGCGGGCAAUUCGCACCAUGAGGCAAGUGGCGAACGAUGCUUGUUUGUCGUCGCUGGUGUGCUUCUGCUGCGGUCAGAUCUACACGAGUGUCGAGGACCCCGAGUCCGCUGGAGUCAGUGAGAUUGGAUGGACGCCACUGCGCGGGCUCUUGCGCAGUUGUCCGCGUGAGCUCCUGGAGUACGCCUUCGGCUUGGACGCGUUCCUGGCGCACUUCCCGCACCCUGCUCCGGACCACCGCGGGACGCGGUCGCACCACUAUCCGACGCAGACAACCGCGUCUUCGCCGUGGGUGCGAACGGUGCGGUGGAAUGGUCCGAACGGAAGCCAGAACUCCAUGCGCUUCCUGUGCUGCCCGGAAGACGUGGUGUGCGACCGUCAGCAUGGAGUUGUUGAUGAGCUGUGCGAGUCGUGCCGCAUACCUCUGUGCUGGCAGUGCCGCGGCAUUUUCGCGAAGACGCGAACGGUGCGGGAGCGAAUCCCGCGUCCCGCCAUCGCCAACGACAACUUUGUCGGGUUCGUGUCGGCAUGGUGGGAGAAGCACAAGCCCCGGUGGAUCGAGAUGGCCGCGGCCACGCCAGUGUGGACGAGUUUGAUGGCGUUCUACGUCGAGGGCGAUAAGGGCCACCUCAUGAACAAUCAGGCCAUGCAUCCGCACAGUCGGUACGCUGUCCGCGGUAAUCUGGCCAGCUUCCUGGUGCAUUGGGACGACGUCCUGGAGCGCCUGCUCGCCAUCACGGAGAGUUCCAGUGCUGCUGCGGCGCUGCCCCACGACGGCGAGACGCUGGCCCACUUGGUUCGCUUCGAGUUCCGGAUGAAAGACAAGGACAUGUCGAAGCACCUGAAGCACAUGCGCCUCCGCGCUCAUGUGGUGCUGCAGCUCGGCUGGGAGCUCAUCGACCGCGGCCACCCCGCUUUUUGUAGAGAUGCUGCUGGCAAUCCCAUCGCAAUCGCCGCUGCCAAGGAGGCGUUUGAAAGGCGCGUGAAGCAGUGCUACCCGUGGCUCGGCACCCCCGAGGACACCGACGGGAAGGUCCCGCCAGCCGUGGACCGGGCGACG